AUGGCUCUUCCCCACGUGCAGCCACCAAGCUUCUUACUAGCGAGUCUGAAAGCGGAUUGUGUGAACAAGCCCUUCACCCAGCGCUGCCACGAUCUGGUCAAGGUGAUCGACGACUUCCCAGCCAAGGAGCUGCACUACAUUUUCCCAUGGCUUGUAGAAAGUAUUUUUGGCAGUUUGGAUGGCAUCCUGGUUGGCUGGAACCUCCGGUGCCUGCAGGGAAGAGUGAACCCCAUCGAAUACAGUAUUGCAAUGGAGUUUCUAGACCCCAGUGGGCCGAUGAUGAAGCUGGUGUACAAGCUCCAGGCUGAGGACUACAAGUAUGAUUUUCCUGUGUCCUACCUUCCUGAGCCCGUGAGAGCCUGCAUCCAGGAGCGGGUCCUCCCGGAGUGUCCACUGUACCAUAACAAGAUCCAGUUCCCCCCCGCGGGCGGCCAGGGCCUGCACUUGGCCCUCAGUCCGUUCGAGUAUUACAUGUUCUUCUUCGCCCUGAGCCUCAUCACGCAGAGGAGCUUUCCGAUGUCAGUUCAUGUCCGAACUUCCGACUGUGCCUAUUUCAUCCUGGUGGACCGCUACCUGACGUGGUUCUUACCCACAGAAGGCAAUGUCGUCCCUCCCCCUUCGAGCACCCUGGGGUGCUCCAUCCCUUCUCCCACUCCCAGGACCCCCGCGGUGCCUUUCUCCUCGUACGGGCUGCACCACACGAGCCUGCUGAAGCGGCACAUUUCUCACCAGCCCUCGGUGAACGCAGACCCCGCCUCCCAGGAGAUCUGGAGGUCGGAAACGUUGCUCCAGGUCUUUGUGGAAAUGUGGCUUCACCAUUAUUCCCUGGAGAUGUAUCAGAAGAUGCAGUCCCCUCACGCCAAGCUGGAGGUUCUUCACUACCGACUCAGUGUCUCCAGUAGCCUCCACAGUUCUCCUGCCCAACCCAGCUACCAGGCCCUCCACGCAUAUCAAGAAUCAUUUAAGCCCACAGAGGAGCACGUGCUGGUGGUGAGGCUGCUCCUGAAACACCUGCAUGCCUUCUCCAACAGCCUGAAGCCAGAGCAGCUGUCCCCGUCCACACACUCGCACACCGCCAGCCCGCUGGAGGAGUUCAAACGAGUGGUCAUCCCUCGCUUUGUCCAGCAGAAGCUUUACAUCUUCCUGCAGCACUGCUUUGGCCACUGGCCCCUGGACGCUUCUUUCCGAGCAGUCCUGGAGAUGUGGCUGAGCUACUUACAGCCCUGGAGGUACGCGCCCGAGAAGCCCUUCCUGGCCACGGACCCUCAGUCUCGGAGCAUUCCCGACAAGUGGGCGCCCUUCGUGCAGGAGAACCUGCUGCUCUACACCCGCCUCUUCAUAGGCUUUCUCAACCGUGCCCUGCGCACGGACCUGGUGAGCCCCAAGAACGCGCUCAUGGUGUUCCGCGUCGCCAAAGUCUUCGCCCAGCCCAACCUGGCAGAGAUGAUUCAGAAAGGAGAGCAGCUGUUCCUGGAGCCGGAGUUGGUCAUGCCACACCGCCAGCAUCGCGUCUUCGUGACGCCACCCUUCUCGGGGAACCUCCUGUCCUCGUGGCCCCCCACCAUCACAGACGCGUCCUUCAAGGUGAAGAGCCACGUGUACAGCCUGGAGGGCCAGGAUGGCCAGUACAAGCAGAUGUUUGGCCCCGAGGUCCGAGCCUUGGUCCUGAGACUAGCCCAGAUGAUUGCGCAGGCCAAGCAGACGGCAAACUCGCUCUCCGACUACUCGAACGAGAUGUCGGCCAACCGGUCCUUCCUCUCCUGGCUGGGCUUCCGACACGUCGAUGCGAAUGGUACCUUCAGCGUCAACGACCUCGACGAACUGGGCCAGGACAGCAUCAAGAAGACCGACGAGUACCUGGAGAAGGCCCUGGAGUACUUGGGCCAGAUAUUCCGGCUCAGCGAGGCCCAGCUGACUCAGGUCAUGGUGAAUGUGGGCGCCGCUCCGGACGAGAACGGGAAGAAGCUCCCCGACUGCAUCAUGAGCGACGAAGGGCUCGUUCUCACCCCGCUGGGCCGCUACCAGAUCAUCAACGGCCUGCGCAAGUUUGAAAUCGAGUACCAGGGGGACCUGGAACUGCAGCCCAUCCGCAGCUACGAGGCGGCCCCUCUGGUGCGACUGCUCUUCCGGGCAGCCUCUGCCCUGAAUCAGCGGUUCGCAGGCCAGAUGGCGGCGUUGUGCUCACGGGAGGACUUCCUGGGGGCCUUCUGCCGCUACCACCUGAUGGACUUGGCCCAGGCCCAGAGGACCAGGCUGAGCCCUGUGGCGCCACACCGGGCCGGCCGCCCCUACGGCCCGCGGAUCAGCCUGCGCUUCCUGGGCAGCUACCGGACGCUGGUCUCCCUGCUGACCAUCUUCUUCGUGGCGUCCCUGUUCUGCAUCGGGCCGCUGUCCUGCUCCGUCCUCAUCCUCGUGGCCUACCUGCUCUACGCCAUCAUGAUGACCGCCGUCACCCAGAACAUCAAGCCCCACCAGCCCUGAGCUGGCCGGCUGCAGUGACGGGCCCCGGCUGAUGUCACCACGCUUUUUGUAACGUAUUUUUUUAGUAAUACAGCCGUGCACAUUGGACAAGCCACUGGUGUGUGGGCAGCUGCAAGCCG